AUGGAAAUUUUGAGCCAAAGGUAUUUUUUCCUAAUUUGGAGGAACUGAAACCGAUUAUGGUCGAGAUGAUAUGGCAUGCUCAACCGUUGGAAAUGUUUUCUUAUGCUCAGAAUUUAAGUACGCUGACUGUGGAUGGCUGUGGCAAUCUAAAAUAUCUAUCAUCAUCAUCAAGUGUCGUGCAUCUGAAAAGACUUAAGAUAUGCAAUUGCAAGAUGAUGGAAGAAGUCAUGGUCAGGGAAGGACUGGAAGAAGAAAUAAUGAGUAAGACAAUACUCCAUCAACUAGAGUUCCUUGCGCUCAAAGAUUUGCCAAAACUCACACGAUUCUGUACAAGUGAUUUAGUUGAAUGCCAUGCCUUGGAAAAGCUGUGCAUACAAAAUUGCCCUGAAAUGAGGACAUUUGUCUCCAAUUCUGCAACUUCAAACAUGGCAUUCAGCAGUGAACUUGACAUUGUAAACUCUGCUCUCUUCAAUGACAAGUUUUCACUGCAGGUAUCUUUUCCUAAUUUGACCACCCUGAUUGUGGAUGGAUGUGAUAAUUUGAAAAUUUUAUUAUCACUCUCAAGUGUUGUGCAUUUGAAAAGGCUUAAGAUAUGCAAUUGUAAGAUGAUGGAAGAAGUGAUGGUCAAGGAAGGAUUGGAAGAAGAAAUAAUGAGUAAGAUGUUACUCCAUCAACUAGAGUCCCUAGAGCUCAUGGAUCUUCCAAAACUCACGCGAUUCUGCACAAGUAAUUUAGUUGAAUGUCCUGUCUUGAAAGAGCUGCGCAUACAAAAUUGCCCUCAAAUGAGGACCUUUGUCUCCAAUUAUACGACUUCAAAUAUGGCAUCCAGCAGUGAACUUGACAUUAUAAAUUCAGCUCUCUUCGAUGAAAAGGUUGCAUUCCCCAACUUGGAGCAAUUGGGGAUUCUCAACAUGGAUAAUUUGAAGAUGAUAUGGCACAAUGAACUCCAUUCAGAUUCCUUUUGCAAAAUAAACGCACUUACUGUGGAAAACUGUGAAGAAGUACUUAAAAUUUUUCCAUCCAUGUUGUUGAGAGGCCUCCGGAAUCUUCAAGAUCUGGUCAUACGUAAUUGCGAUUUACUGCAAGAGGUGUUUGAUCUCCAAGAGCUAAUAAAAAUGAAAGAAUCAGUAGCCAUUCGAUUGAGAACUCUACUCCUAGAAGGCCUUCCAAAGUUGAAGCAUGUAUGGAAUGAGGAUCCACUGGGACUUGUCUUGUUUGAUAACCUAAGUUCAGUGCGUGUACAGGAUUGUCCAAAUCUAAAAAUUAUUUUCCCAGCUUCAAUAGCUAAAAAUCUGCCACAACUCAAAACACUGAAUACAAGCAGUUCUGGGGUGGAGGAAAUUGGUCAGAAUCUAAACAUUUUUUGUUCAGCAUCUGAGAACAUGGUAGAAACAAAUAUGGAGAACCAACCAAUGAUUAAAGUUCUGCAACCACAUUUCUCCUUUGGAAAGCUGGACCAAGCUCUUCAGUCUCUUGAAGUUCUUACCGUUUGGUGUUGUGACAGUUUGAUUACUUUCGCACCAUCCUCUGCUUCUUUUCAAAAUCUGACGCGUUUGACUGUAUGGAAAUGCAAUGGAUUAGUUAGUUUGGUAACAUCCUCAACAGCAAAAAGUCUGGUACAACUCACAAAAAUGAGUAUAGAAGCAUGUGACAGAUUGAAAGAAAUAGUUGCAAAUGAGGGAAAUGAAUCGAAAGAGGAUAUCAUCUUUAGCAAAUUAGAAAGAUUGAAACUUGAUCGUUUGCCAAGCCUCGUCAGUUUUUGCUCAGCAGAUCACAGCUUCAAAUUCCCCUCUUUAACGGAAGUAUUUAUGGAGAAAUGCCCCAAGAUGCAGGUUUUCUCAAUUGGAGUCUUAAGCACGCCAAGACUCCUCGUUGUACGACAUGAUGGACAAGAGUGCUGGAAUGGCAAUCUGAAUGACACUGUACAACAAUUGUUUGCAGAAAUGAAUGCCAAGGAAGAUUGACCCCAAUCCAUCAUGUGCUGAAGCUGAAAUAAGGCCAACGCUCUUUGUAAUUGAUUCAGAUGUAGAUUGUGGAAGGGCUUUCUUAUUCGUGUUGGGAUUAUCUAUGCAAUGUGUUGUUUCCUUCUGAGAUUUUAAAUGGUGAACGGACCAUAUUGUUCCCAUUUUAUUAUUCCUACAAGCAGUCUGUAUUUGGUAAAGUUUGAGAUAUUAUUCCCAUUUUAAUAUCCAUGAAUACACUAAUUAGUUAAAUUUAGUGUCUGUAUUGCCCUUAUGAGAUAUUAUGUGUAUGAGGAUUGUAAGGCUAAUGGCCUAAUGUGUUGGGAUAUUAUAAAUUUAAACCAUCUUAAACUAAA